AUGUCAUCUCGCAGAACUCGCAGAAGGUCACUUAGCACCGACACAAAGCCAAUCAAGCCAGAACGUGGAAGAGCACAUGCCGAAGUCGACGAUGCCAGAGGAGUUACUCGCAUAGGAGCAGCCGGGAACGAAGGGGGAGGUGAAGAAGAAGAGGAGGAGGAGGAGGAUGACUUGGAAGAAGGAGGAGACGAAGCCGACGAGGAAGACGAAGAUGGAGAAAUCACUCGAUGUAUAUGUAAACAAGAUGAACUCCAGUCGGAUUCAAUCAAUCCUGAAUUUGCCCAGUUUUUGAAGAGAAAUUACAAAAUCAAUAUUGACCAAGGCUUGUUUAUUAGUUGUGAGAAAUGUGGCGUUUGGCAACAUGGAUACUGUGUUGGUUUAUUCACCAAUGAUGAUGUUCCUGAUUUAUAUUGGUGCGAAUUGUGUAAACCAGAAAAUCACCUAUUUGUGAAGGGGGAUGGGUACCUGAAACGGACAUUGUACAAACCUGUUAACGACAAAAGGAAGAAGAUUGAACUGUUUGGUAUCGGCAAUGGAAUCAAAGUGGAGUCCAUGGAUAAUAGUAGUGGCAGUAAACGAAGACGAGUAGAUCGAGUAUCUCCUCCAACCACAAACGCAAAUACCACUGCUACAACCACCCAGAGUAAGGAUCGACGGAAAGAUAGACGCACCCAUCAUCACCACCUGGAUGAAGAUGAGUAUGAUGAGCAAUUACGCAAAGCGUUGAGAGAGAGUGCAAAGGAGUCGGGAUUACCAGUGGAUGAAUCUGAUGCUACUGGUACAGUAUCGACUGGAACCCAUGCAACCGCGUUGGGAGGAGGAGGAGGUGCUAGUGCUGGUGGUGCUGGUGGAGAUCACUAUUCGCCGAGAAAGAGGACUAGUCGUGGUGUUUCUGGUGCCAAUUCUGAAGCUGACAAUGAUCUGUCAUUAAAGCGAGAGUAUGAAGACGAGGAUUCAGAGACUGGUGGGUCGACAGCAGGCGGCGCAGGUGGUAACAAAUCCAGCACUAAUGCAAGAGUGGCGGCUGACUUGCGAAAAUCACGAAACAAGAGUAAUGGCAAAAAGAAGCGUGAGGGUUUCUCAACAAACCCAGCAAAGAGCAGCAACAGCAGCACAACCACCGGUAGUGGCAAGGCAAAUUCUCCUUCGUCCUCCUCGGCAACAUCAACAACGGCUGCUGCUGCGGCGGCGGCAGCAGCAGCACAAGCAAGUAAGGACGAAUUGAUAAAUGCUCCUUACAAGCCUCGCUUUGUCAAUUCUCAAUCAUCCAUCUAUGACUUGCGCAAGCGUACCAGUGCCAUUAUUGAGUGGAUAGCAAGAACACAAUAUGACUUGCAACAAGAGCGAAACUACAAGUUUGAGUUGUUUUCAUUCACACCUGAUUCGGAAGCUAUACUGGAGGAGAAGCUGGCUUUGGAAGCUAGUUAUAACGAUAAGCUAAUGAUGAUUGAUGAUCUACAACGCAAGAUUAACGAAUGGGAGAUUCGAUUUGGUAAAUAUGCUCCAUAG